CUUCUGCACCAAAAUACAAGCAAACAUUUAUAUCUUUCCUCGAGAGAAGCAGACUAAAUUAACACCGAAAAAUAACCAAAUACCAAUUUCUGUAAUACACGAGGCAUAAACUGCAGGGAAAUCGCUAAACAAGUCAGAGUUUAAAGAGGCGAAGUGCAUUCUGGGAAAGGUGUUUGGUCCCCGCAGUGGUGAGUGUGAGGUGGGAGGAGAGUGCGAGCGGCUCCUAUUUACAAUCCUAUUUCGUCCAUCACACCGUCUCCAGGUUUCUGGCCUCAGUGUUAGCGUAGAGGUGGACCAUGAGAGAAGUGGUGAGGGUGGCGAGGGAGUGAGGGAGGAGGACUGUGAAGAGGUCAGGCUAGGGCAGGCUGAGGAAGGCCAAGGAAGUUUGUUUACAGUAAGAGACUCAGCUGGUGGGGGGAGGGCUUUACGCACACCGCACCUCCCUCUGUGUUCCUCCCUUCUGCUGCAGUGUACAAGCCCAUACAGAGUGUGCUGACCGCCCUUCCUCCAGGCUCUGCAAUUCAGGACCCUAGCCACUACAGGCCGCCACGCAUGACACUCACUGAUACUUCUCCUAGUUUUCUUCUCUCAACUUGGUGCGAUUGCCUAGUAGUCACAGAGGCAAACAAAUGCAACAGCAGUAGACUAGCAGCAGCAAGCAUCAAUGAAAAAAAUUCAUCAGCAGCUAAGGAGGAGAGUCAUCGCCUGCUGGUGAUGUAACUGUGGUGUUGUGAGGGACAAGGGCAACAACAGCAGCUGCAGGACAGACUCGUGCGUCUGAUUAGCGCGUGCGUAAGGCUGCUGUGAGGGGAGAGGGUAAGCAGCUCCCGGCACCACCCAGGCGCUGGGACAAUGGACAUAGCGGGACACUGGGCUGCCCUGUGCCUUGACCAUCUCGGGAUUUGUUAACUAGACACUCAACAGAACCUUGUGUGAGGCGUCGGGAUGGUGUGUUGGGGGAGUGAAACGAGAGAGUGCAGCAGCAGCAGCAGCAGCGGCAGCAGCAGCUCCAGCACCAAGGUGUUGGCCAGAUGAGCAGCAGCACGGCCCAGCCUCCCCCAGGUACUCACCCUGGGGGGCAGGCCGGGGACUCCAGUGCCGGCCUCCAGUCCCCGGUUCCGCCCCUGAACCCCACUAAUGCCAGCAGAGAGGAUGAAGGAGGUGCUGGAGGGGUUGAGAGGAGCUGGCCGGCUGAUCCUCGGCCACCUGUGCCAGGUGGGGAGGAUGCCCCUGGCCCAGAUCCUCAGCCUCCUUAUGGAGACUGGGGUAAGGAGUCCCCCCUUGCCAUCCUGCCAUAUCCCUCCCAUCAUCUCUAUGCUCACUUUCAAGGUGAAGGGGGUGGGGACGGCCCUGCAGCUGGCCCAGGCUCUGCUGAGGCUGGGUCACCUGUCUGUGGAGGGGGUGAGGGCAGUUCCACACCUCCAGUGGUGCGGUGGUCCCAGUCAUUGCAGCAUCUCCUUGAAGACCCUCAGGGUGUCCAGUUCUUCCAGGACUAUCUCAGGGAAGAGUGUGGCACCUGUGAGGCAGUCCUCUUCUGGUUUGCCUGCAAUGGUUUGCGCCGCACUGACCACCAGGAUCCUUGGCAGCUAGUCCCCAUAAUAUGGAAAAAAUUCAUCCGAAACUAUGCUGUGAGGGUCACUGAGAAGACGUACAAGACCAUCAACGACCGCAUCAAUGCCCGCAGCAUUGACCGUAAUAUCUUUGAUGAUGCUCAAAGGGAGGUGGAAGAGGAGAUAGAACGAAGUACGUAUCCCAGCUUCCUGAAGAGCGAUACCUACCUCACCUACCUCGGGAUGGUGACCCAACAGGGUGGGGGGCCAGGGGCUGAGUCCCCUCAUAGUCCUUCCCCCAGUAGCCCUGGUGGCGUCAGCACAGGAGUAAUGCUACCCACUCUGCAUGAAGACUAUGAGUAUGAGGGUGGGGCAGGAGCGACCCAGCUACGACUCACCCAAGAGGCCCUUGCUGCCACCGUCAAGCGCCGCGCUGCACCAGAGAGAAGGAAACCUGAGGCUUAUGCAGGGCAAUAUUUGCAUGGAAGAAGCAUUUAUGGUGGUGGGGGCGUGAACCCCUACCAUGCAGUGUACGGCACGGUGCACCUCUCCAGCAGGCAGGACUCUGAGCUCCAGAGUCUUAGCUCUGAUGCCCUCACCGAUGACACUCUCUCCUGCACUGACUCCUCGGUGGAUGGCAUGUCCAUAGGCCACCCUGUCAAUCCCAAGUAUCUCAAGAAACAGUAUCGUAUCAUGAGGGAUAAUGCCCGUCAGAAUUUGGAGCGUUGCCUCAGUGGUGGGAAUGGGCAUGGUGGUGUAGGCAGCAGUGGAAUGAUGCAUGGGGGCUUUCUCCCUCGCACCCAUCGCAUCUGUCAUGAGUCCAUUCCUAACCUGAAGCCUCAAGAGUUUGCUGCUCUUCUCAUAGAGAAGCUAGAGAAGGUGCAGAGGGAACGGGAAUCACAAGAGAAAGUGCAGCAGUCCUUCAAGAGGAUACAAGAGGGUGACAAUGUUUCAGAUGAGUGUCGGAGGGAACAUGCCUUUAACAGUCUCCCUCCAUCAUUGCUGUUAGACAAGUUGGCCCAGAAGAUUCCCAUAGAUGAUGUUGAUCCAUGCCAGUCCAUCUUGGAUGAACAUGUGUCCCGUGUAUGGCAAGACAGCAAUAAUGACACCCCAGCUCGGUCCCCUGGCUCACCACGCCCUCGCUCACCCAACUCUGGUAGGAGAGGAUGUCUAGCUCAACUUGUACGGUCCACACCUCCUUCACAGCAUAUUCCUAAGGGCCACUCAAUACAUCCCCAUGGCCACCUGGCACAUCAGCAGCAGGGCCACUUACCACACCUCCCAAUGGGACAUCAGGUUCAUCUACCCCCAGGCCACAUGCUUCAUGCAUAUCAGGCCACCAAGAAUUGGAGCCAUGCAAGACGCAGAGAUCGUGACCUGUAUUCCACAUUUUCCUCUGACUCUGGCAAUGUGGCUGACUAUUAUGAAGGAAGUGAGCGGCCUGGACAUCCCCACCUCAUUCCUAAGUCUCGCUCCAUGCCAGACUACAUGGAGAACUAUGCUGGGACUAGUAGUGAUGGUGGCAGCUCAGUUGGCAGGAGAGUGGCAGGGGGUCGGCGCAGCAGUUCCCGACGGCCCCCUGCUGAUCUCACUGAUUCUGGAGUCUCUGUUGUGUCUGACUCUGGCCCUUCCCUUACACCCUCAGCUUCAUCCACAGAAAGAGUGACCUCAUGGCUCCUGGACAGUGAUAAGUUCUGUGGAAGCCUGAGCUCGGGCAGUGUUUGUGCUGAGGCAGAAUGGGAUCCACGACUGCCUUCCUCCCGCUCUACACAUACUUCUGCGGGUGCCACCUCGCCUGGCACUAUUAGGCGAAGCGGCAGCAGUGGUGGUCGACGAAGUGGGAGUGGGAUGAGUGUGGGUGGGACAGCAACCAGUGGUAGCAACACCAGUGUGAGUGGCAGUGUGGUGGGUGGUGGACGCACAGGCUCUCAAGAGAGAGGAGCAUGGGCAGGAGUGGAUUCAGGGUUACACCUGACACAUGGCCAUGGUCUUCAUCUGCCUCAGGGUCCUCUUCAACCACACUUACCACAUCAGGAUGACUCCAAGAGACGGAGCAGGGGUGGAGGUAGCCAUGGGUCUGGCAGAUCAGGUGGUCACAGUUCGAGUCACAGUUCAGGUCACAGUCGAGGUCACUCUGAAGCUGGAAGUGGACGGACUGUGGCUCAUGGAGAUGCAGUUUCUACAACAGCAACUGCUGCCAGCUCUGGCUCCAAUGGAUCCACCUUGAGACGGGCCAGGCCUCGGCAUGCUCAGCCCACACCUUCAGGUGGAGUGUGUGAGAGUGGUGGUGGCAAUGGAGUAGGGGGUGGCAACAGCCAGCUGGGCACUGGAACUGGUGUUAGUAGUGUUGGCAGCUCCACCACCACAAGUGUUCCUGAAGUCACCACUAUUGUUUAUAAUUUUCAUGAUGAUGCCGUGCCAUUUGUCACGCGGGUCCCUAUCUUCCCUGUCACCUUAAAACGCUUCAAGCAACACUUACCUAAAAAAGGCAAUUACAGAUUCUUUUUCAAGAAGCAUUGUGAGGAAUUUGGGCUGAUCAAUGAAGAGAUCACAGAGGAUUCUGUCAACCUUCCUCUCUUUGAGGGCAAAAUAUUUGCACAAAUUAGGAAGGCAGAUUGAAAGUAAGGCAUUGGAGUGUGAUUAACAAACUACAAUACUUGUGUUAUGGUGGUUAUUAUUUUCACCAACACCAGAAUCCUUAUUCCUUAUUACAUGAAAGUGUGACGGACACAUAUGGCAUUGAGGAGCCCCGGUGGAGACAGCCAGAGGGCUGUAGAUGGAAGGGGACCACCGGGGAAGCUGAGAUUUAGCAUUGUUAUGCUGGUCCAGCAUUGAUGGAGCCUUGCAGCAGAUAGGCUUAAUAUCUUACCUCAGUUUAGAGAUAUAAUGUGUGAAGAUGUGGCCAUGAACAGCAUGUGUGGGGUACAACAGGACCUCCAAGUGGCAGCAGUUCCCAUUGUGGUUGAGUAACAGUAGUUGCUUCCACCCUACACCAUCUGACUCACCCAUAAUAUACCAUACCAACAUUAUUGCACAUUUCCUUGGAAACUUUACCUCAGUAAAAUUUACCAAGGAAAGGAAGUGCUUUUGUACAGAGGUCAAGAAGGCAGAGUCAAACUAGUCAAGAAGUUGGUGUUAGGAAGUGUUAGUAGGAUAGUCACUGGAAUGUGACUUUCCUAUUUUGAAAAAUGGCACUUGAGGACUGCUGCCACCAGGACCUGCAAACAUGCUCUGCACUCAGUCCGUAUUGGCAACUCUUUACCUUUGGUGCUACUUGUGUAGAGGUUCUGAGGGGUGUACAAGGCCUCCUUCACAGUCCAUACCACACCCAAUGCAGAUAUUCUUUCACUGCUAAUAGUACAAGUUGGAGGCAACACUAGUGCUGGGCCUGAACUAGAUCACAAUAUUGAAGAUUAUUAAAUUUUGACCCUUUUAGAUUUUUCAGGACAAGAUGAAGAUUCAUUUAAUUGAUGUAUAUAGGGAAGUCAAAAUUUAUCAGUUUGGUUGAGAGAGAGAGAGAGAGAGAGAGAGAGAGAGAGAGAAUGCUAAAUAAUAUUUAAGAAGAGUAAGAGGAAUGGAUAUAUUAACAUCCCUAAUCAUGGCCAGGAGAGGGUUAACAUUACAUUAACAAAAUUCCAAAAUUCAGUAACAUGAGGGGAUACUAUCUACAGUUAUUCAUAUUCUCAAAAUUCAUGCCUUGUCUAGCCUCCUUAAAAAAAAAAAAAAUAAAUAAAUAUUGUGGAGCAAGCUUGCCAGAAAUGCAACUAUUUUGUGGCUUGUGGCUUUACAACACAAUGUUGAGAACAACUAGAAUAAACACUUAAAUAAGAUUAAAGGAAUAACAGCAAUCAGCCUGGUGUGGGGAAUGAAAUAUAUGAAUGAGUGAGUAUAAAUAAUCUGUUAAGUUUUAAUGGGGUGGUAAAAACAAAGGAAAUAGACAUAUUGUAUCUUAUUUUAUUUUGGUCUUCAGGAGACCAAAGUCUUGUAAUAAAUACAUCCAUAGUUAAUUUUGAAAAGGUAAAGUAGGAAUUCUUUUCUUUAGGUUUUUGUUCCUUUACGAUUAACUGUACUGCAUUUUUAGUAUAUGCAUAGUUUAUUACAGAAGCUUUAGUGUAUCUUGCACUUCCAAAUUAUGAAAAACCAAGUUUCUUUACUCUUCUAAUGGCAAAAAUUAGACCACUUGCAAUAUUGUAAGUGGGGGAGGGGGGUUCUGUUAGCCCAUUACAUUUUUAAAGAGGAAAUUGGUGGAACACCGUCAAGGACGAGGUUUUCCAUUAUGAGAUUAAAGUAAUAGAAAUUAAUUUUUAAACCUUGGCUCCAGGGAUAUUAGUAGAUAGAGAGUUGCACCAGGUGUAAAAGGUUUGUUACUAGAGCCCAGCACUAAUUAACAACUGUAAAGGCUUGCAAUCUUAAAAUGCAGCAUUUCAGAAGAGCCCAGAGUUAGAUGAAAUGAAAUGUACAGUCAUUUGGCCCAAAAGUACAUCCCCCACAGCCUCUACCCACCAUCCACUAGUAAUGGAACUAUACUAAUGAAAUAAACAAACUUAUGUGCUAUUUAGACCUCACUCAUGGGGUUAUAUUGGAUUUUUUAAAAUUAGUUUUACUAAAAAAAUUUGAAGUAUGUACAAAGUGUGGGGUGUGGCGGGCAGUGGAGGAGCCACACACCGCCGUGUUACCACCAGGCCUCAGCCUCAGCCGUGCCUCCCUUCACCUGUAAUUGUUACUUUUAUUAUCCUAAUUUGAUCCAUUUUGUUGAUGUCUCAGGUAUGCCUUCUAUUCUUAUGUAGACUAUUUACAAACAGUAUGAUAAUGUUGAUAAUUUUGUGUAACUAGGUCUUGUUAUUUUUUUAACUUAUUAAUGUUAUUAUUAUUAUUAUUUUUUUUUUUUUUAUUAUUUUAUUUAUUUAUUUAUUUUAUUUAUUUAUUUUUUUUGGUCAUGUCUGCCAAGGUUGAAGUGCCUGUUGAAGUGAGCCAUUGUUGACUUCAAUAACAGUAAUUUUCCUUUCACUAUAUGAGAGGAUCAUAAAAUGUAAUAUUCAGUAUGCCUUGGGUAUGGCUUAGUUUUGAUUUUGUUGCAUAACUUUGUUUUGCCUAUUGUAGUGUUCAUUAUUUUAGUAACAUUUGUUUGUGCAGCAUAUUUGUGUUUGAGGAGACUGACUCAGCCCUGGUUAUCGGGGUUGACUCAGCCCAGCUGCUGGUGAUCCUGCAUCUGAGCUUUACCUAGUAUCUCUCAGGACUCACUAGGGCUAAGCUAAUGCCUAAAAGAAUUUUCUAAAGCUUGAUUUUGCAGUAGGAACAAUUUUUUGUGCACUAUAUUUCUUUACACAAAAAUAUAAUAGUGGGAGUAGUGAAAAUAAUCUUUGACAGACAGGUAGCCAACCAGGCAGACAAGACUCAGUAAUUUACUUUACUUUUGGAGCUGCCAUAUUGUUUAAGAGGGGUAUUAGUACCCUGUAUCUCCUCUGAUUGUGAAGGAUUACUCUUGACACAAGAGCUUUCACACGUGGGAUCUUUGUUGUGUGAGCCGCCCAGCCAUUUGGCUAAUGGCAUUAUCUUGCACUUCAGAUAGGCCUACUAUGUACAUAUGAUUUUUUAAUUAAACUCAUUUUAUAA